AUGGGAAAUGGUGCUUCUGCUGCCGCGGGCUUGGCCGCAGCUGCAGGCAAGAUGGAUGAAAAGGAGCUGAAAGACGUCGUGGCAGCUUUGGACAAGGACACGGCCGACAAGCUUCGUAAAGCCCUUGGCGCUGGCGAAGAGUCGAAACAGACUUUGCCAGAGCACAUGAAAUGUGCCAUUUGGCUUUGGGAUGCUGCGUUGACAAAACAAGAGCUCGGCAAGUGUGACCUCGAAGGCGGCAUCCCUGACAUCACCGGUAAGGACAUUCUGUCGGGCAGUGCAAAAUUCGAGAAGACCUCGGACCAGGAGAAGGUGGACAGCAUGGUUAAGAAAACUUGUCUUCAGUUCUUCCAAGACCAAUGUGCUGCGGAGAAGCCAUAUGAGCCGCCGGCUGACUUGAAGAGGCGUUGCGUUUACCUGUGGGAUAUACCUGCCGUUGAGGAGUUCCUUAGCGAGAUUAGCAUCAAAGCAGCAGCAAUGGGUGGCAAAAUGAUGCUGACUGAUGGGCAAGUCAAUUUUACUUCCUCCGAACAGGAGAAGGUAAAGGAUGUGCUUGGGAACGUUGGCCGCAUGUUCAUGCAAGAUGUGGCAGCCUCUCAGUGA